AAGAAGCCCAGAGGAAGAAGAAAGAGGAAGGAAUGGCUCUUUCCCAGGAAGUGUUGACAUUCCAGGAUGUGGCCAUAGAAUUCUCUCAGGAGGAGUGGGAAUGCCUGGACCCUGAGCAGAGGGCUUUAUACAGGGACGUGAUGUUGGAGAACUACAGGAACCUGGUCUCCCUGGAUAUUUCUGCUAGAUGUAUAAUCAAGGAAUUAUCACCAAAAGAGGAUGUUAAUAAAGGAGAAUUAUUCCAAACAGUGAUGUUGGGAAGCCAUGAAAGCCACGACAUUGAGCAUUUUGACUUUAGGGAAGUCCAGGAAGAUAUAUACGAGUUUAAGCAUCAGUGGGGAGAUAAUGAAAGACAUUAUGAAGGAGUGACUACAACCCACACUAAAAAUCUCACUGGUAGAAAAGAACAGCCGCCUAACAGAUCCUGGAAUAAUUUUCCUCUAAAUCAGAGUGUUUCCAUAAGAAAAAGUACCUGUCCAUAUUACAAACAUGAGAAGCCAUUUAUAAGGCAUUUGUUAAAACUCAGAAGUAGCACAGGCUAUGGAGGAAACAAGUAUGUGAAAUGUUUUGAAAACAAGAUUGAAUUAAACUUUCAGUCACAUCUGGUUGAACAGAGAUUUCAGACUGAGGAGAAAAUUUAUGAAUGUAAUCAAGUUGAGAAGUUAGUCAAUAAUGGUUGCUCAGUUUCACAACUUCAAAGAAUUCCACAUAGUGGCAAAACCAACACUUAUAAUAAAUAUGGGAAGAUUGUUAUAUACCCUUCAUUAUCUACACAAUUCGGAAGAACAAGAACAUACAUUAGAGAAAAAAUGUACAAAUGUAAUGACUGUGGGAAAGCUUUUAGCAAAAGGUCAAACCUCACCAACCAUCAAAGAAUUCAUUCUGAACAGAGACCUUUCAAAUGUAAUGAGUGCGGUAAAGCCUUUAAGCAGUGCUCAAACCUCACUAGACAUCAGAGAGUCCAUACUGGAGAGAAACCAUAUAAAUGCAAUGUCUGUGGCAAGGCCUGUAGUCAAAAUGCAAACCUUGCAAGUCAUCAGAGAAUGCAUACUGGAGAAAAACCUUACAAAUGUAAUGAAUGUGGUAAGUCUUUUAGCAAAUGUUCACACCUUAGGGCUCAUGAAAGAAUUCAUACUGGAGAAAAACCUUACAAAUGUAGCAAGUGUGGUAAAGCAUUUACUGAAAGUUCAAGCCUUACUCAACAUAAGAGAAUCCAUACUGGAGAGAAACCUUACCAAUGUAAUGAAUGUGGCAAAGCUUUUAAUCAGUGGUCACACCUCACUAAACAUCAGAAUGUACACCCUGGAGAGAAACCACACAAAUGUAAUGUGUGUGGCAAGGCUUUUAUCCAAAAUUCAAGCCUCGUGGAACACCAAAGGAUUCAUACUGGAGAAAAACCUUACAAAUGUAAUAAAUGUGGUAAGGCUUUUAGCAAACGGUCACACCUUUGGGGUCAUGAAAGAAUUCAUACUGGAGAGAAAUCUCACAAAUGUAAUGAGUGUGGCAAGGCCUUUACUGAGAGGUCAAACCUUACUCAACAUAAGAAAAUCCAUACUGGAGAGAAACCCUACAAAUGUAAUGAAUGUGGCAGAGCUUUUACCCAAUUUGCAAACCUUACCAGACAUCAGAAAAUACAUGCUGAAAAGAAAUGUUGUAAAACUAAAGUAUGUGGCAGUGCUUUUAUCCAAAGCUCAAUCCUUGGGGAUCAUCAGAUAAUUAAUGAUGGAGAGAAGCAUUAAAACUAAUCAAUGCAGCAAAACCUCUAAUGUGUGUUUAAGCCUUACUUCAGAGAAUACUUAGUGAAGAGAAACCAUGUAAAACUAGUCUUUAACCAGGACUCAUUUCUCACUAGAUAUCAGAAUGUGUAUCUUUGGGAGAAACCACACAAUAGUAAUGUGCAUGGCAAGGCUUUUAUCCAAAAUCCAAGUUGUGUGCAACAUAAUUUCUACUAGAGAGAAGUCAUAAAUGUAAGAAAUGUGAUAAGCUUUUAUCAAAUGUUCACACUUUUGAAAUCAUGAGACAAUUCAUACAGGAGAAAAAACAAAUGCAUUGAAUGUGGCAAGGUCUGACUUCAGGAUUCACAAAAAACUUCAUACUGGAAAGAAAUCUUACCAGUAUAAUGAGUGUCAUAAAUUUUCUAACCAAUUCUCACAGUGGACUACACAUUAGAUAAUUCAAAUGUAGGGAACUAAGACUAGUCAUUUUUGAAGAAUUGUCAACCUCUGAUGUUUAUUCCAUAGACAAUUAAAGGUGCAAAUCAUUUAAAACUUAUUAGAUGAUGCAUGUCAAAUGAGCAGGGACAUCUGUGGGAUGGUCUUAAGGUUAUAAAAUAUUUUUCAGUUAUUGGAGAUUUCUUUAAAAUGCUAUGUUAUUAUUGAUAACUUUCAACCUGAAGUUUGAAAUCUGUUGAUGUCAUACCUUUAUUACAUGCUUUUCAUGUGUCACCAUUAUGGUCUCUGGGAAGGAAUCAGUAAGCAAGGAUCUAUUUCAUUGGGUGAAGUUCAGUCAUAUCUACAAAACCUGUCAAAACAAGGACACUGAAUUUUAAAACAAUAUGGUUUAAAUUAGAGCAUGGAAGUAGCAGAGAACAGAUGUAAAACUGUGAUCUAAAUCAUCAUGAUUUAUGUAAUCAGGGCUCCUCUCCAUCAUAUUUCUUGUUAUGAUAAAGGGCCAUUGUUGAUUUUAGAAAAAGGUUGCUCUACCAACUGACCAAGAAACAGGAAAAGCAUGCCAGGAUACUGAAAUUUUCUUGGGAGAAGAAAGAGGUUACUAGGGACUACACAUCGUCCCUUUCUUCUUUGAGAGAAAAUAUCUAUUGUAUAUCAGAUAUUAAUGAAAAAUGGUAUGAUUUUUGGAAAAUGAGAGCAAAUUUCAUAGAGAAUAGCUUAAUCAAAAGAACCAAAAAUAGAAUAUGCACGUGUAAGAUUCACAUUUAACUACUGAAACUGCAUUUUGGUAUCAUUUUAUUUAGAAUGUCAUAGUUCCCACGUUUUACUAAAAUACAAUCUUUUUCAUAACAAACAUUAAUAAGGCAUUGUUAGCCUCUAUUCUUUACUCUGAGAAUUUGCUAAGUAACUCCAGGGAAAUUCACAGAUUCCAAGAUUGCUGGACAAUUUAUGUCCAGAGGGUUCAAGUCAAUAAUUUGUUAAAAGAAAUAGUGAAUACUAUUAGGCUAAUGUAGUAGUUUGAAGUUACAUGUACCCCAGAAAAACAUGUUCUUAAACGUAAUCUAUUACUAUGGGUGUGAACCCAUUUUAAGUAGGUCCUUUUGAUGAGGUUACCUCAGUUAAGGUAUGGCCCAAUUCAAUCAGGAUGGGUCUUAAUUCUAUUGCUGGAGUCCGAUAUAAGCAGAAUGAAAUUCAGACUCAUAAAGAGCCACAAGAAGCAAGAAUUGAAGGUCAGUGGAACCCAGAAAAGAUGGAAGAGGCAACUGUUCCAUUGCCAUGUGUUAGAGGAGCCCAGGAUGCCAGUCUUCAGAAAGAGCCUCAAAACCAUGAGCUAAUAGAUUCCCAUUGUUUAAGCCAACCCAUUGCAUUGGUAUUUGCUUGAGCAGCCAAUGAAACUAAAACAAUGUAAGUAAUAAAACUAAGAAUAAACUUUAUAUAGAAUAUUAUGAGAAAUGGAAUAAAAAGACACUUGUUCAGAUAAUUGACAUUAUUAUUUCAGUGUAUAUAAAAAUGUAAACAGACCCAUAACCAUUACUACUAAUGAAAAUUAGAUAAAAUGGUCAGAGAAGAGAUUUAAAAACCCCUCAAGGCUAAAAUAAAUUAGUUAAUAAAUUUGAAAAUUGAGAAGAAAAGGAUAAUUUUUCUAAAAUGUGGAUUACCAAACUAGUAUCAAGUGGAUUAGAACCUGAAAAAUCAGAAAACUCUUUACUACUUUAGAUAAUCCAAUUAAAAUUCUAACUUUUAUAUGACAGUUCCCAUAUUUUCAAGUUAUAGUUUAUUCUCUAACUUUAGAAACUUAUACAUAACAGGAAAACAGAAAGGUAUGGAAAAAUUUUAUGUAGCUGUUAUAAUAAAACAUUUAAGGAUAUAAAUUCUGGAUAUAGCAGAAUGAAUAAUGAAAAUAUUCAACAGGAAUUUGGAAUGUUUAUUCAGGAAUACUAGACAUUAGAUAUGAUCAGUGUGAUAACACCAUGUUAACUAAUAAAUGAGAAAAUCUGUAUCCAUUUUGUUCAUUUCUAAAAACUACUUGAAAAGUACAAACAUUUGUUCAUAUUAAAAACUACGUCUACACUCAUCACAUUAGGAUCAGGAGGAAACUAAAUGUGAUAUGAUAUCCGUCAACAACUAUUACAAAACUUUAAUUUGAUGGUCAGAUGUUAGAAGCAUUUCCAUGUAAGUCAUGAAUUAACUUGUGGAAUCACCACUUUUACUCAGGAACAUAGUCUUUUCUGUCCAUACAAUUAUACAAUAAAAGGAAAUAAGAUGAAUAUUAAGGAGUGACAAUACUAUUUUUAUUUGCAGUUCAUGCAACUGUAAUUUAGUUGCUCUGAAAGAUGUGUUUUUAAAAAUAUAACAUUCAGGCUACAGGCUACACCCAUGAAUGUUUAUAUCAGAAUCUUCUAGAAUGGGACAUAGGAAAGGAAGUGCCCAAAGCUCGUCACGUGCUUCCACAUGCAGUCUAUUUCAGGAACCAGUGAUCUAAUAGAGAAUUCCAAGUGAAUCUACAGCUAUAUUAUUAUAACCAAUGUCAGUCAGCCAUCAGUUUACAAAGAAAAUUCAUUACUGUCCUAAAAGGAAUUUUAAAAAGCAGUGAGAAAAUGUAAUAAGCAAAAAAACACAUUUCACAAAAGCAUAAAUAUAUUUUUGGAUAAAUAUAAAUGAUCUAGUGUUUUGUGGGAAAAAAAUUGCAAAAAAAUAGUAAAAGAUAUUAAAAUAGCCUGGAAUUAGUAUCCUAGGAACCAAUGGAAAGUGCAGCAUAAAGAUUUUAAUUCUUCCCAAAUGUAAUCCAUAAAUUCAAUAUAAUGCUAAUAAAAUCCAUGCAGUUGUGUGUGUGUAUGUGUGUAGCUUGAAAAGCUAUGUUUAAAAUCUUCAGUGGACAAUAAUGUCAUAAGUUCCAGAAAUAGCAGAGACUUAUGAAAAGGAUGAACAAGCUGGAUAGGCUUCACUUAAUAAAAUAAGCUGUUUUUAAAAAACUUUAUUUUGAGAUCAUUGUAAAUUCACAUAUAGUUGUAAGAAAUAAUAUGGAAGGAACCCAUAUACCCUUUGCCAAUUACUUCUAAUAGUAACACCUUACCAAACUGUCAUACAAUAUCACAACUUUGAUAUUGACAUUGAUGCAGUCAAGAUGUAGGACAUUUCCAUUAUCACAGAAUCCUCCAUGUCUGAAGUGUCUAGUGAAAUGAUACCCUGUUUCAUUCAUUAUAUGUUGAUUAUGUCUUCUCUUUUUGUCAGCCUUGAUAGAGGUUUUUCCAUAUUAUUGAUCUAUAUGAAUUUUCAAGCUGUUUGAUUUAUAGAUUUUCUGUUUUCAGUUUCAUUGAUAUCUGUUCUUUAUUAUUUCAUUCUUUCUGUUUGCUUUGGGCUUGUUUUGCUCUCUUGUCUGUGAAAGUGGGAGCUUAGAUUAUUGGUUUCAGACUUUUCCCUUUCAUUGAAGCAUUUUUUUCCUAUUACUUUGCCUUUUGGCACUGCUUUAGCUACAUCACAUAAAUUUUGAUAUGUUGUGUUUUAAUUUUCUUUCCAUUCAAAAUGUUAUAAACGUUUUUUUCCUUAAGACAUUUUCUUUGACCAUGGAUUAUUUUGCAGUGUGUUGUUUAAUUUUCAAGUGUUUGGAGAUUGUCCUGUUACGUUUCUGUUCUUGAUGUUUGGUUUGAUUCCAUUUUGGUGAAAGAAAACUGUAUUUUUAACACUUUUAAAUUUGUUGGGGUUUAUGGCAAAGUAUACGGUCAAUCUCAGUACAGGUUCUGUCUCACUUUAAAAGAAUGUGUACUCUGCUGUUGUCAGGUGGAGUUUCUUAGAAUGUCAGAUCCUACUAGUUGAUUUAUUGUUGAAUUCUAUGUACUUGCUGCUUUCUAUCUAGUUCUGUCAAUUAAUGAAAAGAGUUAUUGAAGUCUCAAACUAUAAUUAUGGAUUUUUCUAUCCCUUUCAGUUCUGUCACAUGUUGGUUAACACAUGGUGCAGCUCUAUUGCUUGGUUUACACACAUUUAGGAUUGCUGUGUCAUCUUGGUGAAUUGACCAUUUUAUCAUUAUGUAAUGUCACCUUCUGUCCCCGGAUAUUUUCUUUACCCUGAAGUUUGUCUGUUAUUAAUAUAGGCACUCACGCUUUGUUUUGUUUGUUAUUUGCUUGGUAUAUCUUUUCCAAACUGUGGACAUUUGGGACCAAAUAAUACUUGUGGGAGGCUGUCCAGUGCAUUUCCCUAGCCUGUACCCGCUUGACCCAGUUGCACCCUUCACCAGUUGCGGCAAUCAAAAUAACUCCAGAUAUUUGAAAAUGCUUGCUGGAGGGCAAAAUCACCACUGGUUGAGACCCCCAAUGCAGAGGUUAGGAAAGCAAAAAUACUACCAUGACGUAUUGCUUUCAACAGCAUCUAACAAUAUUACAAUAAAGUGUAAUGGGUGGUUUGCAUGCAGGGAUUAUGUGCAUAACUAUGUCCCAUCUCCAAACAGUAAAACGUAAAACUGAGAAAUGCUUUGAGGGGCAAGGGCAAGUUCAAAUUCAGAAUCAUAACCAGGACCAAAUCAAGGACGUGGUUCUAAUGCCCUUUGAAGCAACCUUCCUGUUGACUAAAGAGGCUCUUUAGGACAAACUUUUUGAACAAAAUGCUUUAGUGAAAAAAACCUAGAAGUGGGGUUCUUUUAUAGAGGCCCAAUGAGCUUAAAGACUCCAUAAAACUAACGAGCUAGACUCAUUAAAAACUU